GCAAUGGAACGGAUAUGGUUGCUGUUGUUUCUAACAAUUAGAGUGCUUCCAGGAUCUGCUCAGUUCAAUGGCUACAACUGUGACUCCAACCUCCACAGUAGAUUUCCUGCAGAAAGAGACAUCAAUGUCUACUGUGGGGUGCAGGCCAUUACAAUGAAGAUUAAUUUUUGCACAGUACUUUUCUCCGGUUAUUCUGAAACAGACUUGGCACUGAACGGAAGGCAUGGGGAUUCCCACUGCAGGGGGUUCAUCAAUAAUAACACCUUUCCUGCAGUGGUCAUUUUCAUCAUCAAUCUCAGCACCUUGGAAGGCUGUGGAAACAAUUUAGUGGUAUCCACAAUUCCUGGAGUCAGUGCUUAUGGAAAUGCAACUUCAGUACAAAUAGGAAAUAUUUCAGGAUAUAUUGAUACUCCAGACCCACCAACGAUCAUCAGCUAUCUACCUGGGCUUCUUUAUAAAUUUAGUUGUAGUUAUCCAUUGGAAUACCUGGUUAAUAACACCCAGCUUGCUUCGUCCUCAGCUGCUAUUUCUGUGAGGGAGAACAAUGGUACAUUUGUCAGCACUUUGAAUCUGCUCCUUUAUAAUGAUUCAACCUACAGUCAGCAGCUAAUUAUCCCAAGUAUAGGAUUACCUUUGAAAACCAAAGUAUUUGCAGCUGUACAAGCAACUAAUCUGGAUGGCAGAUGGAAUGUCUUAAUGGAUUAUUGCUACACCACCCCUUCAGGAAACCCAAAUGAUGAUAUUCGAUAUGACCUCUUCCUUAGCUGUGAUAAAGAUCCUCAGACCACCAUCAUUGAAAACGGCAGAAGCCAGCGGGGCCGCUUUUCCUUUGAAGUGUUCCGAUUUGUGAAACACAAGAAUCAGAAAAUGUCCACCGUUUUCCUGCACUGUGUUACCAAGCUCUGCAGAGCUGAUGACUGCCCCUUCCUUAUGCCAAUUUGUGGCCACAGAGAAAGGCGGGAUUCCAGGAGAAGGGCCACUUGGAGCCCCCAGAGCACUUCUGGAAACGCCGUCCUCUCGGCGGGUCCCAUCAUUACUCGGAGUGAUGAGACUCCAACCAACAAUUCACAGCUUGGUUCUCCAAAUGAACCUCCUUUCCAGUUAAAUGCUGUCACCAGUGCACUGAUAUCAGGAAUGGUCAUUCUGGGAGUCAUGAGCUUUUCGCUUCUCACGUGCUCACUGGUCCUUCUGCACAGGAAGGUGCCCACCAGCUUGGUGUUGAAUGGGGUACAAAACCCAGUCUUUGACUGACUGUAACAGGUCCCUGCUCUCUGGAGAAAGCUUCACUGACUCCGCUGUGUGACUGUGGUCAGUGCUCUGUCUACAUUG